AGACAAAGCACGCGACGUCUCGAGAUCUGUUCGCCCGUCGCACACCUCCACCACCGCCGCCGCUCGUUACAUUGUUCACGCUCGCCGCCCAAAAAUCGCGCCGCCGUCUGUCAUUGUCGCCGACGAUCCUCAUUGUCGCUCACGCCCGCUUGCCGCCCAGCCUCAAAGUCCGUCAGCGGCUUCAGAGUUCAGGGUGCCGCUCACCCUUGACCUCACUGCUACCCGAAGACCAACCACCACCGCACUGCGCGACUGUCAGCGUGUCGGCCACCGCGCACCGACAGCACACCCGGGUCCGACGACUCUACCACGUCCGCGCGGUCACGCGCCCGCUCCUUGCGCUCCGCCCACCUGCUGGGCAGCCAACCACCCUCGGCGCAUUGUUGGCCACCGCUGCCAAACGCUCCCGCGAUGGCCGGCAAUCAGCCCAAUACACUCUACAGGCCGGACCAGUUCAUGAAUCCAGGACCUGCCCCGCCACCGCCCACCGAUCGUCGUCCCAAGGUCACACUCACACCAAACGUCUACAACACGCCAGGCAACCCGAACCUCAAAUAUGUCGGUAACGACUCCGACAGCUCCCUCAAUGCUUCGCAGUCGUCGCUCGGCCGCACCGCAACGAGCAAUGGCGAAAUGACGGUGAUCAAGGAUGGCUGGGCGAAGGUCAAGGAGGAGGGCGGAGGCUUUAUGAAAGCGUUCUGGAACGAGCGCUUCCUCGUUCUGCGGGAGAAGCAGCUCGAUUUCCUGAAAUCAAGCUCUACCAACAAGACCACAAGCGUCAUCUAUCUCAAGGACGUGUCGCAUGUGACGCGUUCCGACAACUACCCCUACAGCUUGGAGAUCACUCGCGACGGGAACAAAAUAUGGAUUCUCAAAUUUGACACAGACACCGAGGUCUACAACUGGAUGGACAAUAUCUACGAUCGCUGUCCCCAAAUGGGUGGUGUUUCGCACCCCACGGGCUUUUCCCAUCGAGUCCACGUCGGCUUCGAUCCAGUGACUGGAGGCUUCGUCGGAUUGCCAGUCGAAUGGGAGAGAUUGCUCAAAGGCAGUGCUUUGACCAAAGAUGAUAUGGCCAAGAACCCGCAGGCUGUCAUGGAAGUCCUGCAAUUCUACACCGACAAGCUCCAAGUCCGAGCAGACGACCCGAAGUCCUACCCAUCACUCACACCUACGCCAAGUGCCGAAAACAACGCGAACAAACAGCUUGGCUAUUCUGCGGGCAAUGGCGUGACGCCACCUAGGCCGCAACCCCCAGGAGCGAGUCGGCAGGACAGCAACUAUAGCGCCACUAGCCAGUCGAGGGCACCCGGCAGUGGUUAUGGAUCUGGGGCCUCCAGAGAUCAAUCGACCGAUCGCCGAAACGAAGACGAACGCAGACGGCGACAGGAGGAGCAACGUGAGCGUCAACGAAGACUUGACGAAGAGCAGGAGCGCAGGCGGCGAGAACAAGAAGAUCGCGAGUACAACGAGUCUCUGCCAAAGCACAAGCUGCCCCUUGCGAAGCAAGAGGUUGGUGGGGGAGGUUACAGUGACUCUUCAUCGCGCGAUGCGAGCCCAGGUAAUGGACAAAGCAGGUAUAACGCAUCUAGACCAGCGCCUCCUGCGCCAUCACAAAGCAAAAGCGGCAGCACGCUACCGAUACGGAACUUGCAGGCACAGAGAGCGGCGCCGUCGCCUCCACAGAAUGGUGGGUCAACCCCUGCAAAGAAACCUGGUGCACCUGCUCAAUCACCUUAUGCAGUCAAACAACCUUCACCAGCAAAUGGCGGGCAGUCCAGGAAAGAUGAAGCACCGCUCACGCGGAAACCGUCUGAGACUGGCCACCAGAAGCAACCAUCGGCUUCCGGCCAAGUGAAACCCCUCAAUGUCGCGACCAAGCAGCCUACCGGCAAACCAGAUGCCGUGAAGCAGGCUGAGGCCGCGCUCACCAAGAAGGACCCAGAACCGAAGAAGGAAGUUCGAAUGAGUGCCAUGUCCGAUGCCCAGGUUAUGGACCGUCUGCGAUCAGUGGUCACCUUGAGUAACCCUCUUGAGAGCUAUAACAAGCAGAAGAAGAUUGGUCAAGGUGCUUCUGGCUCCGUGUAUGUGGCAAGGGUGCGCGAGAACGCUCCUAGCUCGACUGCUCAGAACUUGAUCAAGCAGUACGGCCCCAAGGCUCAAGUGGCUAUCAAGCAGAUGGAUCUCCGAUCGCAACCAAGGAAGGAGCUGAUUGUGAAUGAGAUCAUCGUCAUGAAGGAGAGCCGUCACGACAACAUUGUCAAUUUCCUUGAUGCCUUCUUGCAAGAGGAGACUUUUGAGCUCUGGGUCGUCAUGGAGUUCAUGGAAGGUGGUGCUUUGACUGACGUGAUAGACAACAAUGCCUCUAUCACUGAAGAUCAAAUUGCGACGAUAUGUCUGGAGACUUGCAAGGGCUUGAUUCACUUGCAUGCCCAGAAUAUCAUCCACAGAGAUAUCAAGUCCGACAACGUUCUCCUGUCCUCCCGCGGCGCAGUCAAGAUUACUGAUUUUGGUUUCUGCGCUAAGCUAACAGAACAACGAUCGAAGCGUGCUACGAUGGUCGGCACUCCGUACUGGAUGGCUCCGGAAGUCGUCAAGCAAAAGGAGUAUGGGUCCAAGGUCGACAUCUGGUCUUUGGGUAUCAUGGCCAUCGAGAUGAUUGAGUCCGAGCCACCGUAUCUGAACGAAGAGCCGCUCAAGGCUCUGUAUCUCAUUGCAACAAACGGAACGCCGAGACUGAAGAAGCCAGAGAAGCUGAGCAAGGAGCUCAAGGCUUUCCUGAGUGUCUGUCUGUGCGUGGACGUUAAGUCCAGAGCAACAGCUGAAGAGCUUGGCCGACAUGAGUUCUUGCAGCACGGGUGCUCUCUGGCCAGUUUGAGCGAGCUUUUGCGCUUCAGGAAGGGAGGCGGACACUAAAAUCGGUGGAACGAGAAUGGAACAAAUUUAUACCCACAUGGCUCCAUGCCUAAGGCGAGUCGAUUGCCAGACGCGAAGCGAAGCGCGACGGGCGUCAGCGCGCGCGUGUUGAGGCUAGCCCUCAAUUGGCAAGGAUCACAGGCCGAGUCGCGCAGAGGGCAAAGACGAGAGAAAGGAUCUUUUUCGGAGGAGGAAACGCAUUUUCGCUUAAGGCAAAAGAACCAAGAUACCACUUUUGACGGCUGGAAUAUGGGAAUGGAAUGGAACAGUGAGGGUAGUACUCGCUAUCACGGGGUAUGAAAAACAUGAAGGUAAUUGACUAACGCCCGAAACAUCAACAAAUUACUGCAAGACAGUCACGUAUGUAGCGACGCGGUGCGAUCGAAAUCAGUCCACAUAGACGAGAAUGAAAGUUACGGCGGUUAGUAAAAGCGAGAUUGUCUUAUGAGAGAAGUGCAAGAGCGAAUCGAGAGGUGCA